AUGAAUGUAGCAGUUGUGAACAGCAACACCUUGACAGAAUUCGUCAACGACGCAACGAAUUUCGACACUUUUGUGAACGAAUGGUUUGCCAUGAUAGACACCAAUGGCGAGGGUAGUCUCUCGCGAGACCAAGUACGUGGCGGAUUUGGAAUGUUUAUGCCGUUGGGUUCAUAUUCACAUCCACAAGACGAGGUUGAUAGUGUGUUGGAAUUGAUAUUCACGAGAUUCGAUGAAGAUCACAACGGAUCACUGGAUUUAAACGAGUUUAAGAAGUUAAUGACGGAGAUUAUGAAUGCGGUUGCUCGUGGAAUCGGUGGUUCUCCUAUUAUUGUUGCUCUUGAAAAAGAUAGCUUGCUUAUGAAGGCAGUUCAAAGAGAAUUAUUGGUAACACAAUCAUGUCCUUCAUGA